UACAAAAUGACGAAUCCCACAGCAAUGCGGGUUGCCUAUCUUUACCAGCUGCCUCACUUUUUUUGUGUUGCUAGUCCAUUCCAGUUAGUAUAAAGUUCACUGACCUGUCUAAGUACCUAUUCUGUGGUCUAAAACAUAAACAUUAAACAUAACCUUAAUUUUUUAACAUGAAAACAAACGGACAAGUUUGAUCCAUUUGUAAUGAGGUGUUGUUAUAACUUUUGAAAACCAAAUUGUUUGUCACAAUUCAUAUUUUCAGGCUGCAAUAAACUCAGAUCAACUAGGUACUCACAUAUGGUUACGUUACUGGUACUUAUGAAGUGGGUUAGUGGCACAAUAAUAAUAUUAAUAAUUUCUGUAGUCUACGUAGCCUACUAUAAUUUAUGUUCAUUUGAUUUUCGAUAGCUGGUACCUAUUUAUUAUUUCUUACCAUGUUGUAUAAUGUAUAAGUAGACUACAUCUGAGUUGACAACAAAUCGAGUUAAUGUGUACCUUUAGUUUGAAAUAAAAUUGUUUUUAUUUCAUUUUCCAAGCCGGUUUCCAUAGCCUAUUCCAUGAACUUUCAGAAAGGUUAUUGACAUUUCAAUUGUAAAAUUUAUAAUGUUUACCACAUAUUAUUAUUCAAAGUUUUAUAAACUUUCUAUAUUUUUAGUUAGUCUCUUGUCAUUCUUUGCUACCUCAAUACAAUCAUUGAUCGAAUCUACAACACCUCUACGCAACACAUUAGUAAUUAUAGCUGACGAUGCUGGGUUUGAGCUCGGAGUGUACAGGAAUAAAAUUUGUCAAACUCCAAACAUAGAUGCUCUCUCGAAAAAGAGUUUGAUCUUCAAUAACGCAUACACUGCUGUCAGUAGUUGUUCACCAAGUCGCUCAGCUCUAUUGACGGGACGUCCAAACCAUGAGAAUGGAAUGUAUGGUCUUCAUAAUGGCUACCAUAACUUCAAUUCACUCAAUAAGGUUGACUCUUUGCCAAAGAUCUUAUCCAAACAUGGCAUCAGGACAGGAAUCAUUGGUAAAAAACAUGUCGGUCCCAGUAAAAAUUACAAGUUUGACUAUGAACAAACAGAAGAGAAUAAUAGCAUACUACAAGUAGGAAGAAAUAUAACAAAGAUAAAACUCUUGGUGCGUGAAUUCCUGACACAAAACAAUUCCAAGCCUUUCUUUUUGUAUGUGGCUUUCCACGAUCCCCAUCGAUGUGAGCACACGCAUCCUGAAUUUGGUUAUUUCUGUGAGAAGUUUGGAAAUGGAGAGCAAGGAAUGGGCACAAUUGAGGAUUGGACUCCGAUUUACUAUGUACCAGAUCAGGUUGAAGUGCCUUACUUUGUGCAAGACACCCCCUACGCUCGAAUCGACAUUGCUAAGCAGUACACGACCAUUUCUCGACUUGAUCAAGGUGUUGGUCUGGUGCUGAAAGAGCUUGAGGACGCAGGCCAUGCCAGUGACACUCUUGUCAUCUACACAUCAGACAAUGGCAUUCCAUUUCCGGCCGGACGGACCAAUCUCUAUGACUCUGGGAUGGCAGUACCUUUGCUGAUGUCUACACAAGAAUUCCCGGAAAGACAGAAUCAAGUAACCUACAGCUUAUCCAGUCUACUUGAUAUCACACCCACUGUUCUUGAUUGGUUUGGCAUCAAAUACCGUCCAAAAAUGUCACCACUACAAGGAAAAUCACUUCUCCCUCUACUGAAGAAAGAGCCAGUUGUCGAUGAAGCCAGUGCCACUGAAAUCCGUGAUGACGAACCUGCUAUUUAUGCAAGCCAUAGUUUGCAUGAAAUAACCAUGUACUACCCCAUGAGAGUUGUACGAACAAAACGCUUCAAACUUAUUCACAACCUCAACUACAAAAUGCCGUUUCCAAUCGAUCAAGAUUUCUACUUGUCAUUGUCAUUCCAG